AUGCACAUUGAGUGGGGAUACACCACCAGUCUUUUUAAUGAAUGCCACUCUGCAAAUGUCUUUUCUUGUAGGAGCUGCAACCGACAGUGCACUCGGGUAAAAAAGGCAUUGGAAGACUACAGCACAAUUACAGUUGCGACGGCUGUUCCCAAGCAACGGAACUAUGCAUGGGCAGCGUUCGAGUACAAAUUUGUUGGACCUAUUGGGGCUGCACUCACGACUCCCACAUUCCCUGUCGUAGUUCUAUUGCUGUCGUAUUGGAGUGAUGUGGAUUUAUUAGUUGAUUUUGCUUCGACAAAAGAUGCAGUGCUGGAGACACCGCUGGCGCAGAGAUUUUGUCCACUUGCUCUGGAUCCCGCUAUGGACCAGAGAUGGCUACGGCACAUUCAAAUGCAUGCCUCUCGUGUUCACGAAGGGAAAGAAAAAGACAAAGCCAGUCCUGAUGACGAGACAAGCAUCAUACAAAGUGGGCCAACCGGGACGGCUGAUUUGCUUCGAAACAUUACGGAUAUACUACCACUUCAUGUUGUCGCGUGGCCCUACUUGCAAUAUGGUAUCAGGACGGCUGAGCACCAGCACAUCGAGGAAAACGGUAUCAACGAGUCGUCGUAUUUGUGGCUUAGCAACAAUAUGUUGGAUUUUCAUCCCAAUGUCGUUUGGCUUGGGGACAUUGGUUGGGGCUUUCCUUGGAAACAAUGGUGUUGGCAGUACACCAAACAUGUCCAAAAGGCCAAAAAAAUGCGGCGUGAGAAAGGGCUGCCGGAGCAGUGGCCGAUCUUCAUUGUCGCCUUCGCCGACGGACCAUCUCUGCCAAGGUGCCAAAAUGUAGAAGCUGAGGUUGGUAAAGCGAACGUUCGCUGCACAAGUCGGUCAAUAGUAUACAAUUGGAGAUGGAACGAAGCAAAGAAAGGGGUGGUAACGGGCCAAAAACUGAAUUUGAUAGAGAGCGUCUAUGGAGAUACCCUGCAGAAGCGCAACAUGACGCUGGUUGAUCCUAUAGAGCGCUUACAAUGCGACGUUGACGUAGCUCAUUACUGGCCUCAUCAAAGAGACCUAGACAAGGCUGGAACAGUUGGAUCACUUUUGCGCCAGGAGAUCAGUAAGCUUCUUGUUGACUUUGGAAAAAAACGAAUUUUUAACUCCUUGCUGGAGACCAAGAUCAUUUUUGUCUCACAACGUGACCGAUGGGAAGACCAUUACCAACAAAAAGCUCUGGUUGGUGUCGCUUUGGUCAUGACAGAUCGCGUUCUGGGUUUGCCGGCCGGACUAGGUGUCACGGUCACUCGUGCAACGUUAUUGGAUGGAGGUGUUGCUGGUUGGGUUGCGUGCCACGUUAAGGGCUCAUUUCCAUUUUGCUGCUGCAAUGGCAACGUUGACGUCAUUUUCCCGGGCAUGCCCUGCUUCUUUUUGGAGUCUUUGGCGUUGCCUUUCUGCAUCAAUGCGUUGCUCUUGCAGCACGUCACAGAUUCUCAAUAUCCUUGGAUCCGAGCAAAGUCGGAAUGGGAGCAGUGA